GGGUGGGAAAACAACACAUUUUUGCAUGAUUACCACACAGCAUCUAGACGUUUUUCUUUCAUGAUGGCCGCCGUCUUGAGGGGAAGCCUUGUAUCAUUGGCCAAGGGCCUGACUGGUGCUGCCAUAAAGCCGCUGUGUGCGCGCUCGCUGAGCCUCUCGGCCAAUCAGAAUGCUUCAGAGACUCCACCGGCGCGGGCCGACAGCACCUUCAAGGUCACGAUGGUGCCGGGAGACGGAGUCGGACCUGAACUCAUGAUGGCUGUGAAAGAAGUGUUCAAGGCUGCCGACAUACCUGUGGAGUUUGAGGAAUUCCACCUGAGUGAGGUGCAGAACAUGGCGAGCGAGGAGAAGCUGGACCAAGUGCUGACCUCCAUGAAGACCAACAGAGUGGCCAUCAAAGGGAAGAUCCACACACCGAUGGAGUACAAAGGAGAGCUGGCUUCCUAUGAGAUGAGACUAAGGAGGAAGCUGGACCUGUUUGCUAAUGUGGUUCAUGUGAACAGCCUGCCGGGUUACAGCACACGCCACAACAACCUGGACCUGGUGAUCAUCCGCGAGCAGACUGAGGGCGAAUACAGCUCACUGGAGCAUGAGAGUGUGACCGGAGUGGUGGAGUGUUUGAAGAUCAUCACGAGAGUGAAGUCACGCCGCAUUGCCAAGUUUGCCUUUGACUACGCCACCAAGAAGGGCCGGAACAAAGUCACAGCCGUGCACAAGGCCAACAUCAUGAAGUUGGCUGACGGGCUCUUCCUGCAGAGCUGUGCUGAGGUGGCUGAGUUGUAUCCCAAGAUCAAAUACGAGACCAUUAUCAUUGACAACUGCUGCAUGCAGCUGGUCCAGAACCCAUACCAGUUUGAUGUCCUGGUGAUGCCUAACCUUUACGGCAACAUCAUCGAUAACUUGGCCGCAGGUUUGGUGGGCGGAGCUGGUGUGGUGCCAGGAGAGAGCUACAGUGCUGAAUAUGCUGUGUUUGAGACGGGGGCGAGGCACCCUUUUGCUCAGGCUGUUGGGAGGAACAUUGCUAAUCCUACUGCUAUGCUUCUCAGUGCUGCUAACAUGCUGAGGCAUCUCAAUCUGGAAUAUCACUCUAACAUGGUGUCUGAAGCUGUUAAAAGGGUUAUAAAACAGGGCAAGGUGCGGACGCGAGACCUCGGCGGUUACAGCACUACGGGUGAUUUUGUCCGUGCCAUCGUGGGCAACCUUCGUCACCGGCCUGUGCACUAAGGACCCUAGUAGGCCACUCCCCCUAGCCCCUCCCCCCCCCGUUUUCCACCCCUUCUGCCCUUACCAUUUCCAUCGCUUGCUCUGCUGCUGUCAGUGAUUGAGAGCGGACUUUGUCCGUAUUACUGGCAGUUUUUCCUCUGAUUUUUUUUAUUUUUUAUUCUACUGUAAUGUUUAAUGUUGUUGUUGUGGUGUGUUUUAUUUUGUUUUUCCUUUUUUUUUUUUUACUUUGCCUCUGUUUUCUUUUUUUUUGUCCAUUCUUUUACUUUUAACACCUCUGCCAUAGCACCCUGAUAUUCCCCACCAAAUCCAAAGCAUCAGGGACGGGUCUCUAGUCCUGUUUAUUCACACUAGAAGUUCUCAUAUCCGCCGUUUCAUUAGACACGGGAUGUUCUAACCCGACUGCUCAGUGUUUGGGUCACAGGGGCAGUAUUUCUUUCAUCAUCUUAUACGUUAAUCCUAUACGUAUCAUGUCAUGCCGUCAUGUUUGUAUCACUGUACUACUCAUUUGAUCAAUAUCUGCUAGUGUUUAGCAUUCCCUAAAACUCCGUGAGCUUGUUUUCUUUGUGCUUGAACAAACUGUAGGUCGCCUAAGUGGGUUAACGGGUCAGUGGAGCUCGUUCGGCAUUUUAAAACUGAUUUCUCAGCCGCAGCAACCAAAAAAAACUACUCGGUAUGUACCCCAGUAUGUAACGAAACAGAAACGGAUGUUUACGUAGACGGAUUUUGAACAGUACUGGAAAGGGUUAAGGAAAUAUUCUCAACACCGCAUCAUUUCAUGCGUUGUGGCUUUAUUGUUUAAAACGAUGUGCAGUCGGGGAGGAGAGAGAGUGUUUCCUUUCACCUCUAAAAUCACUAUUAAUGAUCGAACUGCUUGUUUUUCAAAUAAAUACUUCUGUAAACAACAACAAAAAGAAAGAAAAGUGUUGGCACCCUGGCUGAAAUAAAGACUUUUCUAGAAAAUGACGUGGUCAUGUGGGCAUUUUCUAGAGAAUCGUCAUCUCUCCUGAUUCCUGUCAGGCCUUUGUGUAUCACUUCUUGUUGUUGUUGUUGUUGUUGUUGUUGUUUAGGGAAAUGGGUUUGUGAAGCUACCACUUAUAAAAAUUCUUAACCACCACCCUGCGCAUUUCAUACGCCUCUGUCCACACAACUGCUAAUUAUCCAACCCAUCAUGCCUUGCACCAGGUGUGAGAAAACACUCAUGCAGAGCAUGCCAAGGACUUCCUAUUCCAUUAUAAACCGAAAACCCAUCUCUACGUUUCGUCAAGCAUUUCUCUACUGUGUGACGCCAAAUGAAUCUUUCGAGUCGUUUAGAUGACUCCGGGCUUUAAACCCGUCCUCAAUGCCCAGGAGCACGUAGUUCUUGGUAUACAAUUUAUACCGGCGUAAAUUCACACUGGCUAAUAAAACGGUGACGUAAAAACAGUGCAAGAUGUGCUCUCUGUAUAAAUGUAUAGGAUAUCUGAAGACCGGAUAUGUUUCGAGAGAGGUUGCAGAGCCACGUGCUUCUUGUAAAUAACGGCUGGACGUUGUCCGAAGCAUCGAUCCUGAGCUCGAGUUGCAGUCGGCGUGGAGAUUCGCAUGUUCUCAAGACGCUUACCAGGAUAAAGUGGUUACCGAAGAUGGAUGGAAAAUGUGUGUUUCGGAUAUAUCCGGGUCGUGGACGAGCCAGGAUUUCUCGGGAACGUUUUGGAACGAGUCAAGAAUACGAGCGUCCAUCUCGGGGGUGCUAUGAAAACACCCACACUCAUAGACACCUGGUAUUUUAGCAGAGUCAAUCCACCUACUGCCGUGUUCUUUCGAGGAAACCCGAGACCAACUGAGAACGUGGGACAUGGAAAAGUCAAUAUUAUUUGGAUAGCCUCCUCUCCAAACGUGUGGGUUUGUGUUUGUUUCUAAAAUAACGGUCUAUUUCUUUGGUACAGGUGCGCACGGCAGACCUGGGAGGCUACGCUUCGAGCGCCGAGUUCACGCAAGCGGUCAUUUCCAACCUUUCUGCGUGAACGUGCUUCAGUGUCGUUACCGAUGGGGUUGCAAAAAUGCUGGCGACGCUACGCAUUCCCCGAUAAUAUGACUGUGUAAGAAGUGUGCGCACUCUACAUUUUCCUGAAUGAAAUAUUCCUGGAUUAAGCUAUGAAUUGUACAUAAACAGUAUAACAUCAAUGUAGAAAAUGUUCAUGUGUAAACGUGUUUAGAUCGAAAAAAAAAGUAGGGAUCUUUACUUUAAACCCCACCUGAACUUGUUAACUAGCUAAGAGGAUGAAUGAGACAAAUGUGCUGGCUAGAGAGAAUAAGCACAAGCUAAUGCAAGCUACAGAAAGUGAAAAACAUGGCAUGAAAAAUGUGCAUCCAGUACCAGCUUGACUGCGCCACACCGGUAUUAACCAAUCAGCUGCGCUCUGCUCCUCAUCACACCUGUAGUGUCCUGACGGGGCUCUCAGUUCUGGCACCUCAACACCUUAUCUUCGAGACUGAAUUGUAUGAGAGGAAAUAGUUUGGAUUUGAAAUUGAACUAUAUAUUAUAUUUAUUUGUUUGUUAACUACUUAUUCAUCAAUGAACAUAAAUAAAUGUAAUUGCUGCAACUCAGAAUUGCAUUAUUAUUAUUAUUGGAGAUGUCAACAUGCAUAUUGAUCCAUAUUAAAGACCUUUGUUUUCAUAAA